AUGUUCAAUCAUUUAUCGAAAGAUGAACAGAAAUUCAAACCUAUUGUGGCGCAUCUGAGAAGGAUGUUGAUUUCCUAUAUCCUAGAAGUUUGGGAAAUGGAUGUAGAGUUAGCGGUUGUACUACGAAAUAAACCCUUUGUACUACCAAAAGAAGCUCUGAAGGAUAUAUCCAAGAUGAAACUCGGAAGAAUCCACAGGGACAAUUGGAGUGUGGCUUUUCAGCAAAGUGAUAGAGAUGGAAUGAAUGUUCACAAGUGCUUAUCUUCUUUACGUGACAAGCAUCUCUAUUCCACUUCAUGUCUGAACUAUAUCAUGAGUAUUACUAAACAAUGCAAGUUAACGAUGUUUCUGACAAGAAAUGCUUUGCGGACAUGA